AUGGAUGAUUUAUUACUGGAGGAAGUGGACGCAGAACUAGCGGCUCAGCCAAUUGAGGCUGAAGAUCAUGCUGGUUACAUUACAAGUGUUAGAGUUACUACUGCUUGGAAGAACUUUAGGAAGCAACUCGCUAAUGACAUGUCCAUGGAGGAAGUACCAGGAAAGAAGUUCAGUAGGAAUUACACACAAUGGACUCAGGAGAUGGACAGCGCCUUGCUAGAUGUAUUUGUUGAGCAUCACAACAAUGGUGAUCGUGCCCAGAACGGAUGGAAGUCACAUGUGUACCGUGCUGCUAUCAAAGCUGUUCGCGAAAAGUGUGGGGUCGAUGUAACAAAGGAGAAAAUUGUAUCAAGGUUGAAAACUUUUGACAAGCACUAUGAGAUAGUUAGCAAAAUUCUUUCUCAAAGUGGAUUUGGUUGGGACUGGGAAAAGAAUGUCUUACAACUUGAGAGUGAUGAAGUGUGGGAAAGAUAUGUGGAGGCUAAUGAAAAAGCAGCUCCAUACAAGAACAAAGUAAUCCGCAAUUGGAAUGAGAUAUGUACAAUUUACUCAAAAGACCAUGCGACCGGGCUAGGUGCUCGGACAGGAGCUGAGUCGACGGAUCCAGAGGUGAUACAAGCAGCUGUAGAAGCCAAUGAUACAUCUCCUGAAGCAGUUGGUCCAUCACCAAAGAGGCCACGUACUGGUGAAGCAAUUAUGUGCAUGCUUGGAAGUUUGAAGACAUCUUUUGAUGAUGCCAUGAAGUCAACCGAGCCACUACAGCAGCCGCAGGUUACUCCUCCUUCCGUCAUGCUUGCUACAAUUGAAGCCGUACCUGAUAUGUCCAGAACUGAACAGCUGCGAGCUUAUGCGAAGCUAACUGUCAGUGAGCGUUUAUUCCAUUCACUUCUUGAGCUCCCACUGGAUGCUAGAAAGGAAUGGCUGCUUAUGUUACCUUGA